AUGGUGGAUGUGGCCAGGCCGAUCAUUACGUCCGUGCUGGACACAGAUGCAUACAAGUUGCAUAUGCAGCAGGCUGUAUUUCACCUAUACCCUUCCGUUUGCACGGCUUUUGAUUUUUGCUGUCGUGAUAGGGAUGAACACUUUGGGGACGCCGCUGACGCCAUACGCGAAGAAGUUCAUCUCAUGCAAAACCUCGCCCUCACAGAUGAUGAGUAUAAAUACCUGGCAUCGAAACGAUAUUUACGAAAGGACUACCUGGACUGGCUCCGCAAAUAUCGGUUCAACCCACAGCAAGUGACGGUGCGUGCUGUGCCGUCAGACGACGGAAACGUGGAUCUUGCCAUCAACAUUAACGGCCCCUGGGUGGAGACGAUUCUGUGGGAGGUGCCGCUCCUAGCCAUUGUGAGUGAGGUGGUGCAUCGACGUCGUACGCCGAAUUUAGGGGUGGCAGAGGCGUUGGCACACCUUGAAAAAAAACUAGAGGCUUUUUUCGCCCAGACAACUGAAGAGUCGAUUGAGACAUUUUGCGUCUCGGAAUUUGGAACCCGGCGACGUUAUAGUUUUGGCGUGCAGGAGGCCGUUGUAAAGGCGCUCCAUUCGCAUCCAAAGUUUGGUCGAUACUUCUGUGGCACGAGCAAUUACCUUCUGGCGAAGAAUCUGGGUCUCCCCGCAGUUGGCACACAGGCACACGAGUGGUUUCAGGCUCAUCAGCAGCUGACUCCCAUAUUACGUGACUCGCAGCGGGUGGCGCUGACGCAGUGGUUGAAGGAGUACCCGCAUGAUCUUCGCAUUGCACUCACGGACUGCAUCUCCAUGGACAGUUUCCUUUGUGACCUCACCAAGGAUCUGGCGGAUGCAUACACCGGCCUUCGCCACGAUUCCGGUGACCCUAUCGAGUGGGGGCAAAAGGCCGUGAAACACUACCGGAAACUUGGCAUUGACCCCAAAACCAAAACGCUUGUCUUUUCUGAUUCUCUGGACCUCGAAAAGGCCGCGAUGCUGCAUCGUACCUUUUCUAACGAAAUCAAUGUCAUGUGCGGCAUCGGCACGCAGCUUUCCUGCUCCAUCCCUGGUGCACGUGGGAUUAAUAUCGUCGUUAAGAUGACUGACUGUGAGGGGAAACCCGUUGCGAAGCUGUCCGAUGAUCCCGGAAAAACUAUUUGUCGCGACAGAGACUUUGUUUCCGAGCUGCGGCGCGCGUUUGGUUUACCAAUGAUGGCUGUCGCCCUUGUCACAGCGGUCGCAUCCGUGCCGAACGAAGGGAUAUGUGGCCUACAAGCAUAA